GCUUUGUAAAACACAAGGGAAAGGUGAGGCAGCAAUGGCAAAGUGCAGUUAACUUUCACUUCACAAGUUUAGCUCAUAUGGGCAUUUUAGUUUGACAAUGUGGGCCAAAAUGACGUCACAACUUAGAUAUUUAAUCACUACGCCUCAGUGUAAGUUGUAUGAUCCAGUUUGUCGUCCACACAGAGUAGAGUUUGUGUCAAAGCUCUCGUCGCGCGCUCUCUCAUCUUUGACACCAUGUGAUCCACACUUUGGACACGUUUUUAAAGCACUUUUUAACGUUUUGAAGACACAAACACGAUCUGACGGAGCUGUGAGGCGUCUGUCUGGACUGACCCGGCGGAAGUCCACCAGAGAGUAUUCUUCAUCAACCACCCAAACAAUACAUUAUAAUUUAAGUCCAGAUGUGCCCAAGAGGGAAGGAAGAAAGCUGUUUUUUGACACUCAUGCAGUGGUUCGACUCCUGGAAAACAACGGUUUCAGGAUCGAGCAGGCUGAAGUCAUAGUCAACGUAUUGGUCCAAAUGACAAGCUCCAAUAUGGAUGUGAUUUAUUCAGACAUGGUGACCAAAGUGCAACAGGAGAUCAUGUUGCAGCGAGUCAUGUCUCAAAUUGCAGCUGUUAAGAAGGACAUGAUCAUCCUGGAAAAGAGCGAGUUUUCAACAUUAUUGGCAGAAAAUGAGAAAUUGAAAAUCCAGUUAUUGCAGCUUAAAAUCCAGUUGGCAGAUAUUAUGAACAAACUCCGCUCUGACAAUCUUUUGGACAUGAAUUUGGAGAAAAGUAGAGUAAAGGAAUUGAAAGCAGAACAUGGGAAGAAGCUCUUGGAAACGCGAACAGAAAUAAUGGAAAUGACGGCUGAACAUGAGCGCCACCUCACUCAAACCAAUAUGAAGAUUGACACUGAAGUUGCCGGGUUAAAAACAAUGUUGGAGUCCCAUAAAUUAGACACUAUCAAAUACCUGGCAGGAUCAAUAUUCACCUGUCUGACUGUGGUUCUGGGUUUCUAUCGUAUUUGGAUGUAAAAUGUGUAUUACUUGAAGCACUGAUCACUUAAAAAUGCACUUCGGGCUAUACAAAUAAUCCGACUAUAUCAAUGCACAAGUUUUAUUGUUUUGUUUUUUUUCAUUGGGGCAGACAGAAGGUUACUUGAAGAGGCAUUAUAUUUCUCUUCUGGUGGAAAUGUAGAUGUUAUUGCUUUGCUUUGAAUGUUCCACAGUAUGGCAUUUAUUCAAUGUUCUUACUGCUAAAAAAUACCCUGGAAAAACAACAUCAUUACUGUGAACAGGGUUGUCUCUCUCUUCUUAGAUCUGACCUGUAAGUUGCCCUGCUUGUCUCCAUGGAGAUAGAUAAGGUUAAUGCCAUGCUGUGGAUGUCCAUGGCAAAAGCAGGUGCAGACCCUCACUCAAAGUUACAUACUGCACCUUUACGCAUUCUUGGUUUUGUAAUUGUUUGUCUUGCUUCUUUUUCUGGUUUAUAAACGUGUUAUGCUUGGUUUGCCAUACACGUUUUAAAAGUGGGCAACCUUUUCGGAUAAUGUAUUUUUUCUUGUUUUGCUAAAUAGCCAAGUGAUAAUUCCUAGUUUUCUUUUCAUUUUCUCACAAUUUUGCAACCUGCGUCUGAAAAUGACUGACUUGAACUGACCCACUUUUGAUCCCAAUAUUACACAUUGUACCUGUAGCCUUGCAUAACCUUACAUUUGAAGACAUGCACUCUUGAAGUUUAGGGAACUGUUUAAAGGACCAAACAGCUAAAAUUCCCAACUUUUGAGCAAAGUUUAGUUGCUAAAAAUGGAGGAACCACUAAAAUUAUUAUUGUCCAGAAAUAAAUAUAAUAUAGUUGACUAAAAGGUAAAUAUGUACAAAAGCCCAUUUGGGAUUGUACAUAAAUAAUAGAAUUUGGACUGCAAGUUCUUUAUUACCUCGGCUUUAUCGCACAAUGAUUGAAGUUUGAACAAUGUAUUUUUGUUUGUUUGUGUUUUGUUUUUUGUUUUUUUUUAAUAAUUGCUCACUAGUCAAUGUUCUGGAUAAUUUCCUUAAAUAAAAGCUCUUAUAAAGAAAAAGAACAUAAUGUAUCUGUUCUAUAAUCAACUAUUUAAUCCAGACAUUGAAAGCUAUUGCACUGUCAUACCACGCGAUGGCGAUAGACUGCCAAGACAGGAAGUGGUUUAUUUUGAAAGGACAUGAUGCAUCUUAAACCGGAAGUCUUUCCAUCAGCUUUUUCUGUAGUUCUAUUUUGU